AUGCGCCGCUUCUCCGUCCGAAACCUCCAACGCGGCGUCCGCUGCCAAUCCACCCUUCUUCCCGGAAGAUCGCCACUCUGCGCCGCCUCCGCCAUGAGCCCCUCUUCCUCCUCCGCCGCCCAGGCGUCCCUCGCCGUCCGCCGACUCCACGCCACGGCGAAGCACCUCCAGAUCCCCGCCCACCUCGACUCCACACCGACCAGCUACAUCAAGACCCACGACAAGAUCGAGAAGCCCGAGGACACUCCUUACUUCAUUGACAAUGAGUUCAAGGCCUCCGCCACCACCGAGUUCAUCGACCUCCACGACCCCGCCACCAACAACCUCAUCACCCGCGUCCCCCAGAUGACCGAUGCCGAGCUCAAGGCCGCCGUCGCCAGCGCCGAGAAGGCUUUCCCGGCCUGGAAGGCCACUAGCGUCCUCGCCCGCCAGCAGAUCAUGUUCAAGUUCGUCGCCUUGAUCCGCGAGAACUGGGACAGGAUCGCCGCCAGCAUCACCCUCGAGCAGGGCAAGACUUUCCCUGAUGCCAAGGGUGAUGUUCUCAGGGGUCUCCAGGUUGCUGAGGCAGCGUGCUCGGCCCCCGAGCUCCUGAAGGGCGAGGUUCUUGAGGUUGCCAAGGACAUGGAGACGAGGACGUAUCGUGAGCCAUUGGGUGUCGUUGCCGCCAUCUGCCCCUUCAACUUCCCCGCUAUGAUUCCUCUAUGGUGUAUCCCUAUUGCCACAGUCACCGGCAACACCCUCAUCCUCAAGCCCUCCGAGCGUGAUCCCGGCGCCGCCAUGAUCCUCGCCGAGCUCGUCGCCAAGGCCGGCUUCCCCCCCGGUGUCGUUAACAUCAUCCACGGCGCCCACCGCGCCGUCAACUUCAUCCUCGACGAGCCCGCCAUCAAGGCCGUCAGCUUCGUCGGCGGCAACAAGGCCGGCGAGUACAUCUUCUCGCGGGGCUCCGCCAACGGCAAGCGCGUGCAGGCCAACCUCGGCGCCAAGAACCACGCCGCCGUGCUCCCCGACGCCAACAAGAACCACUUCAUCAACAGCGUAGUGGGCGCCGCCUUCGGCGCCGCCGGCCAGCGCUGCAUGGCCCUCAGCACCCUCGUCUGCGUCGGCGAGACCAAGGAGUGGAUCGCCGAGAUCGCCGAGAGCGCCAAGGCUCUCAGCGUCAACGGCGGCUUCGAGGAGGGCGCCGAUCUCGGCCCCGUCAUCUCCCCCGAGAACAAGGCCCGCAUCGAGGACCUCAUCGCCUCCGCCGAGAGGGAGGGCGCCACCAUCCUCCUCGACGGCCGCGGCUUCAAGCCCGCCAAGUACCCCAACGGCAACUGGGUCGGCCCCACCAUCAUCACCAACGUCACCACCGACAUGCGCUGCUACAAGGAGGAGAUCUUCGGCCCCGUCCUCGUCUGCCUCAACGUCGACUCCCUCGACGACGCCGUCGAGCUCAUCAACAAGAACGAGUACGGUAACGGCACCGCCGUCUUCACCAGCUCCGGCCCCACCGCCGAGACCUUCCGCCGCUCCAUCGAGGCCGGUCAGGUCGGCAUCAACGUCCCCAUCCCCGUCCCUCUCCCCAUGUUCUCCUUCACCGGCAACAAGAAGAGCGUUGCCGGCGGCGGUGCCAGCACCUUUUACGGAAGGCCCGGCGUCAGCUUCUUCACCCAGCUCAAGACGGUCACCGCCCUCUGGAGGUCCGGCGACGCCAUCUCCAAGAAGGCCGAUGUGGCUAUGCCCACUCAGUCGUGA